UCCAGACCCGCUGCGAUUCAGUGUUAAUCAAUUAUAAACAUCAACAUGGAAUCCUGGAUUCCACUGUUGCAGGUUUUCUCAAAUUCGACAUGCCCCGAGACCGAAGCUUCAAAAUGCUUGGAAGAAAUGUUCAACCCUCCUGCAUCGAACUCCCCUCCCAUUUCCACUACAUCUUUCCUCUCCCUCCUUAUGAGACCUUCAGACAACUCUUCUUCUCCACAAGAAAAAAGGGUUAUGUGGAUUGAGACACUGCCUAGUGUAGUUCAGGCCCGGAUUUUAUCGUUUCUUGCAUACCAACAUCAGAGAUUUUGCUCAAGGGAAUUGUGUAGACUUGCUAGGGUUUUGCUGAGUGAGGGCAGAAGGGUGGAUUUUUGGGUGGAAAAAGCUGCUCAACAGCUGCUUGACUUGGUAUCUUUGUCUAAUUAUCAAUGGCUUUCUCAUUUGAAUUUGGAAUCCGAAGAGGAAACUGAAGAGGAUGACUUCUAUAUGAUGCCAGAUUGGCUCAGGGAUGCUGCUAGAGAUGGUGAAUCAGUGUUUCCUUGGCUCCCGAUGUCGGUUGAUGAACUAAGCGCCACUAAAAUGCCGUUAACUGGCAGUAGUGGAGGAGAUGAGGAUGAUUUGCUUAUUGAUGUUGAGGAGAGUAAACAGAAAAAUACUGAUGUUAUGAUGGUAGAGAUUGGUGAGGAUGAAUCAGACAUUGACGAUGAAGUUGAAAAAGUGGCGAAAUCGUUGAAAACUGAGCUUCUGCAUAUCGAUAGUAAUUUGAGAGCUGUGGAGUUGGCUAGGGAAAUUCGCAAACUUUGCUCUGGUGGUAGACGAGAGCGUUUAUUGAUUUUGAAUUUGAUUGAGCCAUGGAGUGCAGACGAUGAAGCUGCAGCUGUUUUAUUGUCUCAUUUGUCGGGUGGAAUUGAAGCUGAUGAAUGCGAUUGGCCAUCCCAUAUUUUGUGCUCUGUUUUCCUCCCAAAGUUUCUAGUCUUGAAUGAACCAUCUUCUCGUGUGCUGUUGAAUAUAACACUAGAGUAUUGCAGGGCUCACCAAAGGGCUGCUGAGUACGCCCUAUUCUUUCCAUUAAUUUUACGAAAGGAUGGUAUAAAUAGCCCCGUCUGUGAUGUGCUCACUAGAGUAGUUAGAGAAUGCCUGCACCCUCCUGCUCAUGUUUCCGCGUUUUGCCAAAAACUCCUCACAAAAGAUGAAGACGUGCUGAGAUUCGUGUGCCUUCCCUGCCACCGGUGUUUGAUUGGCGAGGAGCUAGUGUGGACAGAGUCGUUGUUUAGCUUAUGGAGAAACAUUUUGGAUCAUAAUGUUCAUUUGAUGCAAGACUCGGUCGAUCAACUCGUUGAGCAGGUUUGCAAGUAUAGUAAGAGAUAUUCAAGAUCUUUGAAGUUUGCCAAUUUUGUGUUAUGCCUAAUCAACAAAUGUACUCCAUCAUUGAGGCCACACAAGCUUAUUUUAACUGCGGCUGUUGAGAAGUCUGAUACCAUCGUUACCAAAUCAAUAUUGUCGAAACUGUCUGCUUUGUAGCUUCUCUUGCUUAUGUAAAAUGUUACUCCUUUGGUCUUAUAAUCGGUAUAAAAAGCAUGAAAUUGCUUGAAUUCAGAUUUGGUGGUAAAAAAUGUAGCCUGAAUUUUACUCAAAA